AUGGUUUCGGCAGCCACCACAUCUAGCUCCUCCAGCACAUCCACCACGUCUACUAUGAAACCCACGUCUGUGUGGGUGACAGGCACCGACGCCAACGGCGUGUUGAAAACUACGCAGAGCCGUUUUGAACAAACGCAGUUUGUGGUUGAGACCAGUACUACAGCGGUUCCUAGCGGUGCCAUUGGCCUCGGGAGUGUUUCGGGCACAGUUGGACAAGUGAGAUCGUACGAGCAGGUGACCGUGUCCGCUGGAGGAUCGUUUGCAUACGGAGCGGUGCCAGGGGGACUUCGUGGUAGCAUGCCAUGGGUCACCGUGGGCACGACGCUUGUGUUCGUCUUUGGUGUGGCGAUGAUCUAG